GUCAAGGAUGGCUGCUCGCAUCAUGAACCGAGUUAUACACUCGCCCUUUCCCGAUAUUGAUGUUGAAAACAGCUCAGCUCCUGAACUUAUAGAGCAGCGAUUAAAGAAAUUUUCCGACAAGAUCAUUAUAGUGGACGCCUAUCAAAGCUUAACCGCCCGUGACCUGUUAACAAAGAUACGCAAGUACGCCGUGGGUUUUCAAUACCACGGCGUGAAAGCAGGUUCCAUGGUGUGUGCACACAUUGGCAGCACAGUUGAAAAUGCAGCAGCAGCUUUGGGGGUUGUAUUUGCGGGUGGUACGCUUGUCAUGGCAAAGACGGCCUACGUUGCAAGAGAGCUUAUGUUCACGAUUGAAGACGGCAAGUGCACUUUUCUGUUAACCGACCAGCAAACUGCACCAAAUGUUACGAAACUUAGUAUACCACCGAGAAUCAAGUCAAUGUUCGCUGUAGGAUGGGAACCAGGUUUCAUCAACGUGACCCAGUUUCAAGAACUUUCGGACGAAACAUUCAAACCUCACGUUCCCACUGACAGCGAGAAAGAGGUUGUGGUGGUACUGUACACCUCUGGAUCGACUGGUCUCCCAAAAGGCGUGGAAAUAUCGCACCGGGGCUAUUGUGCCUCUUUUCACGCAUUCAGGUCACUUGGAAUUUGCAGUGAAGAGGAUGUUUACCUCGCCUGGAAUCCCUUAACCCACGUGUCGGGGUUUGCACUGGGCAUGUUUUGUAUGUUUAUAGGAGCAAAGAUCGUAAUCACAGAACCCUUUAUCUCGUGCAAAGAUUUCCUCCACACUCUAAAAAUGUUUAGGAUAUCGCUUUUUCUUGGAAUUCCUGUCAGAAUGCAGGAAAUUGUCAACGAAGCCAGAAGGAAUAAUGACGAAGUAUCGCGUGUAGAAAAAAUAAUUCUAGCCGGAACGGUGAUCACGAAGUCGCUCGCAAGGAGUAUUUGCGAGAUUUUUGGCGUGGAGUCCCUGAUCAAUUAUUACGGCAUGACUGAAACGUUUGCUCUCCUGAGCGCCUCGCCUGUGGGAGAAGUCACCUUGGACAACAGUGGCUUCCCAGUGGCCGGAAGCAAAGUCAAGGUUAUAGACCUCACCAGCGGAGACCCACUCGGCCCGUGUCAAAAUGGUGAGAUUUUGGUCCACACUCCAUGCAUUAUGAAAGGCUACCUCGGACAUCCAGAAGCUACUGCUGAAGCACUAAGCAAAGAUGGCUGGUUGCGUACAGGUGAUUUAGGCUACUACGACGUGGAAGGACGGAUUCACAUUAUAGACCGACUGAAACAGAUGAUAAAAUGCAUGGGAAACGUGGUCACUCCCGCUGAGCUGGAAGAAAUCUUAAUGGCCCACGAAGCCGUCGAAGAGGCCGUAGUUUUGGGAGUCCCGAGCUCGAAAUAUGGCGAGGCUCCAGCAGCUUGUGUAGUCGUAAAAGACUGCUUUGCAAAAAACCUGGAGAGUCUGGAGACGGAAUUGAAGGAGCUCAUUGCAGAUCAAGCAGCAGUGUUCAAGCACCUCUACGGAGGAAUAUACUUUAUGAAUCGUCUUCCAAAAUCUGAAAGUGGAAAGAUCCUGAGACAGGACCUGAAGGCGAAGAUGGCCCGUGAAUAUGAAAAGCUGAAAGAAAUCGACGGGCCGUCAGGAUUUAACGAGUCGUGA